GCCAUUUUUUGGUCCAGUUGCUGCUCGAGCACCUGAUGUACAGGUCGUGUUGGAGGCACACAGCCCGCCGUGCAGGAAACAUACCACUCGUCUUCGAGAGAAGAACAUCCCCACUCGUGCUAUGAUGUGGGACAGCAGCCCAAAGCAUCUCUCCUGCCUCGCGGCGCUCCUCCUCGCCUUCGCCGCGUAGGCCUUCAGCGUGGGCGGGGCAGCCAAGAUAUUUCAGCAGAGCGACGUCCUCGUCCUGCUGGCGUGCCUCGCCGCCUUCUUCCUCGGCAGCGCCGGGGAGGGCAGCAGGAAGACGGGCCCCGUCGUCGACCAGCUGGACCCAGAGCGCCCCUGGAGCGCACCAUUGAGCGCCCCGAAGAGGCGGUGAAGCAGGGCGGCCGGCCCGACAAGGUGGCGUUCCGUGAGGCGCUUUACGCGUACCCCCGGCUCAGCAGGGUCUCCGAGGCACAGCAGUCGCUCGAGCAGAUGGCAUCCUACGGGCUCGCUCCCGACGCCAAGGCUUAUAGCACCCUGAUCAGGGCCUACGCCUCCAACAACAGGGCGGAGAAGGCGGUGGCCCUCUUCGAGGCGAUGCGAGAGGAUGGCGUCAGGCCCUGCCAGUUUGCUUACCGCGACGCGGUCUGCUGCUUCGUCCGGCUCCAGAGGCUCGAGGACGCCCUCGCGCUAUACAACGAGACGGUCCGAUCGAAGGCGGCCGCCUGCGGCAGCACCUGCCGGUGCCUGAAGCGCGCCUGCCAGAAGCGUGGCUGGACCGGCCUCGCGGACCAGAUCAUCCAGGACACCGCGUGCGGCGAGAAGGCCGAGCUCGUGCUGGAUGCGCCCUCGGACGCUACCACGGAGUGCGGGGGCGGCGCGGAGGGCUCGGAGUCGGAAUGAGUGGCGGCGCGGUCCUGGCAGACCUCAGCCGGCCCUCUCCUCCUCCUCCUCCUCCUCCUCCUCCUCCUCCUCCUCCUUCUAUAAACUUUCCCCUCAAGCUCGAGUCCUACGUCAUACGCCUCCCCGACCGUGCCGUCUCUGGUGCCAGUGGCCAGCGCUCGCCCUGGCUUCCCGUGUUGCGGGUUGCCGCGCGGUCGUGGGCGGAGGCAUCUUUCCUCCGCUGGCAGGCCGCGGACGCCCACGCCGACUUUGACUUCGAAGCUUGCUGAAUGGCAGCGAGCGCAAUGCUUUUGGGGCGACGGAGGAAGG